CCUGGGUUUUGUGGGGCUUGGGGUGGAUGCAGCAGGGUUAGGAAUCUCUCCAUUUCUGUGCAGGAAAUGUAAACGUCAAGAGGCAGCUCCUGGAUGCCGAACGUUGAGAUGGGCAGUUGUGUUUCGGGGGACUGCGCGGUCCAAGCGGCAAAGAGAGUGAUUUAUUUGGGCUUCAGUAAACGCUGCAUCUUGUAUUUCAAAGAGUUUCCUGUCAUGACCUCAUAAAAAGAGGAGGCGGCUUGUAUGUGUAGCGGUGCCUGGCGUGUUGAGUUGUUGCUUCCUUCUCUGGGCAGCAGGUCUGUAAGAAGGGAAUGUCAGCUUUUACAUAACGCUCCUUUCUGCUUUUGACACACUGUGUGAGGGUCCAUCUUCUGAUCACAGAUGGAGUGGAAUGGCUUGAAGAUGAUAAUUAGCACCAUGGAGCCUCAGGUGUCAAAUGGACCAACAUCCAAUACAAGCAAUGGACCCUCCAGCAACAACAGAAACUGUCCUUCUCCCAUGCAGACGGGCGCAGCCACCGACGACAGCAAAACUAACCUCAUUGUCAACUACUUACCCCAGAAUAUGACCCAGGAGGAAUUCAGGAGUCUCUUUGGGAGCAUUGGUGAAAUAGAAUCCUGCAAACUCGUGAGAGACAAAAUUACAGGACAGAGUUUAGGGUAUGGAUUUGUUAACUAUAUUGAUCCAAAGGAUGCAGAGAAGGCCAUCAACACUUUAAAUGGACUCAGACUGCAGACCAAAACCAUAAAGGUGUCCUAUGCCCGUCCAAGCUCGGCCUCAAUCAGGGAUGCUAACCUGUAUGUCAGCGGCCUUCCCAAGACCAUGACCCAGAAGGAGCUGGAGCAGCUUUUCUCGCAAUACGGUCGCAUCAUCACCUCACGUAUCCUGGUUGAUCAAGUCACAGGAGUUUCCAGAGGGGUGGGAUUCAUCCGCUUUGAUAAGAGGAUUGAGGCAGAAGAAGCCAUCAAAGGGCUGAACGGCCAGAAGCCCAGCGGUGCUACAGAACCGAUUACUGUGAAGUUUGCUAACAACCCCAGCCAGAAGUCCAGCCAGGCCCUGCUCUCCCAGCUCUACCAGUCCCCCAACAGGCGCUACCCUGGCCCUCUCCACCACCAGGCUCAAAGGUUCAGGCUGGACAAUUUGCUUAAUAUGGCCUAUGGCGUAAAGAGACUGAUGUCUGGACCAGUCCCCCCUUCUGCUUGUCCCCCCAGGUUCUCCCCAAUCACGAUUGACGGGAUGACAAGUCUUGUGGGAAUGAACAUCCCUGGUCACACAGGGACAGGCUGGUGCAUCUUCGUCUAUAACCUGUCCCCUGAUUCUGAUGAGAGUGUCCUCUGGCAGCUCUUUGGCCCCUUUGGCGCAGUGAACAACGUCAAGGUCAUCCGCGACUUCAACACCAACAAGUGCAAGGGAUUCGGCUUUGUCACCAUGACCAACUACGAUGAGGCAGCCAUGGCCAUCGCCAGCCUCAAUGGUUAUCGCCUGGGAGACAGAGUGUUGCAAGUUUCCUUUAAAACCAACAAAGCCCACAAGUCCUGAAUUUCUCACCCAUACUUAUUAAAAUAUAUAUAUAAAUAUAUACGAACAAAACAUGCGCGCACACACAUACACAAAAGAGAGAGACAAACUUUCCAAGGCUUAUAUUCAACCAUGGACUUUAUAAGCCCGUGUUGCCUAAGUAUUAAAACAUUGGAUUAUCCUGAGGUGUACCAGGAAAGGAUUUUAUAAUGCUUAGAAAAAAAAAAGAAAAAAAAACAAAAAAAAAUACCUUUGAUGCAUUGAAUGUUCUUUCAUAGCUGUCGUUGUUGAAUAUAAUAUACAUAGAUAGCAAUGUGCAGGGAUUUUUACCCAGCCAGCUAACUUUACUACCUUCCUUGAAGGUGGGUCUUUUUAAGAUGACCAUUCGCUCAUUUGAAGAAGAAAAACAAAAAACACAAAAAAAUAAUAAACAAUUUUUACAAAGUAAUGGGAUUCAAAGGAAGAAAAAAAAAGAUUUUUCUUUUUUGUCAAAAUGUUGAUCCAAUCAGAUUGGUUAGAAACCCCCCACACAAAUUAAAGAGGAAUAAUAAAAAUUGCAAAAAUGAAAAAAAAAACUUUUGCAAAUUUUUUUAUUUUUCCUUUUUUCUUUUAUAUCAUGUGAACUAAACCAGUCUUCUGUUAGGGGAUGGGGAAAGGGGGUACCUGAUGACAUUAACAAUUUAAUAACUAACAUUAACAUUGUUGCCAAAGAGGUGGUCUCUUUGCUGAAAAUGGGUUUCAAGAAAAAUCUAUUUUUAUAAAAUAUAAAGAAUUUUUACAAGAGAAUCUGGAUUUGAGAAAAAAAAUAUUUUGACUGGCUAAUUUAGGGGAAAUUGACAACUUUGUCGCGUUCAUACUGCACUGGUAACUUUUUAGAGGUCAAGAUGUGUGUUUUAAACUGGAUUCGUAGACUGUUUUUUGAAGGAUGGGCUAUAAACAGAUGAUCUUCAUAUCUUUUCAUAGCAUGUAAUAAUAAUAAAAAAUAUUAAUUGCUAGGGGAAAGGAGUGUUCAUUCUACCCAGGGUACCACAGUUCCCCACAGUCAAAACCCAAAAGCAAGGAGAUGAGUUGAAAGACAGUUUUUCUUUAAGUCAUCAGUAUGGGAUGUCAGCAGAACAAAAAAUUUAAAAGAUUCAUUUUCCUUUAAACCUAAAACUUCCUUAGUUUGAGCAGUAGGUGCUACAAAAUUAUUUACAUAUCUUAGUGUCAUAGUUAAAUGUAAACGUGUUUAGGAGAAGAAAAAAAAAACACAUUUGCUUUACAUUCAUUAAACAAUUUUCGAAUUCACUUUGUAGCCCAUGCUGAUAAAAUUGGGCUGUGUGGGUACAUUUGAAACACUGUUUAUGUUGCUUGAAACACUUAUUUAUUUAAUUGCAGAUGUGAUGAUGCCUAUGGCCAAGAUCAAAUAUAGCUAGAUUGGCUAGACUACUUGUUUGUUUACUUAAACUUUGGGAAGAAGCAUAUUAUUGUGUCAUUCUGUUGUGUGUGUAUGUGUAUAUAUAAUAUAAAUAUAUAUAUAAAGUUAUUUUUUUCUUUGGUUAAUUUAUUAUAAGUUGUAACACUUGGCUAGUUUUGUUUGUAUAUGUCUUAAAAAUGUUUUCUUAUGAUAUUUAAGUGACAGUUAAAGAGGUAUCAAGGUAACUUGUGUAGAGCUAUCGUUUGAUAUAUUGUCAUGUUUGUUGUGAAUAUUUUUUCUUACUGCACAGUAGAAAAAAAAAUUUAAAACUGGGUCUUUAUUUUAAUGUAAUUCAGAUUGAGGAAAACUAAACAGAGCUAAGGGAACAAAACGACUGUGGGAGCACGCUCCCACGUCCAGUGCACUGAUCAUUUUAGUACGUUUGUGCUUUGUAUGGUUAUAUACUUAAAACAAAAAUGAAACAAAAAAAAAUCCAAGAGUCCAUGCUCUUCCCUGGGUAAUAGAAACAGUUACUCGCUAUGCAUAAUCUAGUUGAUAGUAAAAUUUGCUAUUGCUUUUCUUGUCUUGUUACAUAAAAUCUUUUCAAUACAAGUUUAGUCUUAAUGGUAAUAAAACGUUAUGGUUAUUUAUAA